CAUUCAUGGCAGGGACCGAGGACCCUGCCCGAACUUCGUCCCGCGUGACCCAGCCGCCAAACCCCCGUGGAAGAGGGAGUGGAGCACUGGGCGAGGGUAGCAACUGACGGGACACCGCGCUCGCCUCUCCAUCCACCUUAGGGUGUCCCAGAGUUGUGCCUGUGAAGGGUUGAACGAAAAGGUGCUGCGCAGGCGCAUUGAAAACCUUACCGACUUCGGUUCGCCAGCGGAACCUUUGAAUCGAGUUUUCGGGCCACCAGGGGAGGAACCCCGGAGGCGACUCGUCAGGACUAUUUGGAAAGAGGAUAAGGAAGAGGAGGAGCGAGGAUCCAUGGCGGCGCUGGUUGCUGUUUGCAGUGAUCUAGGGAGGAAAAAGUUGGCGUACUUCAUAAAGCCAGCUCUCUGCCUCAGAGAUCCUAAGACUCACGCGGUGCUGUGGAGAAGCUGUUCACAAUAUACGCAGGUAGCCAGCAAUGAGGACCUGCUUUUGUCCCAGUUUAUAUCUCCAUUUACUGGAUGCAUUUAUGGAAGGCACAUAACAGGUCUUUGUGGGAAGAAACAGAAAGAAAUCACAAAAGCAAUUAAGAGAGCUCAAAUAAUGGGGUUUAUGCCAGUUACAUACAAGGAUCCUGCAUAUCUCAAAGACCCUAAAGUUUGUAACAUCAAGUAUCGGGAGUAAAUUACAUGUCUUAUCAUCAGUAAAUGUAUUUUACAAUAAAUGGUUGUAUGGUUUUAA